AAUGAAUGGAUCGGAAAAUGCAACAACUUCUGUUUAUGUGGCCGAUUUUUCCUACCAUCCGAUUGCAAUUAUAUCUUGCAUAAUAUUCCUCAUUAAUUACAAAAUAAUAGGGCCGAAAAUUUCAAGUUUUUUGACCGAUAAAUACGCAGGAUUGCCUAAAGCCAAAAAAGUUGAUUGGAAUACUAGAGUAAACUCAACUGUUCAUGCAACCAUUGUCAGCAUUAUUUGCGUCUACCUAUUUAUAUAUGAUGAAAAAGUUAAUGAAGACCCCGUGUGGGGUGAAUCGCCUAUGGUUCGAACGACUUGCGCAGUUGUUGUUGGUUAUAUGGUGUCUGACAUACUGAUAGUAUUAUAUCAUUGGAAAGAACUUGGAGAGUUCUUUUUCAUUUUUCAUCAUGCAGCCUCAAUUUACGCUUACCUCUUCGUUAUUACUUAUGGUGUCCUACCAUGGUUUGCUAACUUUCGAUUAAUAGCAGAAUUUUCUACUCCUCUUGUUAACCAACGUUGGUUUCUGGAUGCUAUAGAACAUGACAAAUCAUCAAAAGUGUUUGUUGUUAAUGGUGUGAGCAUGUCAAUCAUUUUCUUCCUUGUUAGAAUAGCUGUACUACCCGUAUAUUGGGGUAGAGUCUAUAGUUAUUAUGGAACAGCGUCAGCGUUGAGGGUUGGACGGAUGUGGUUUGUUUUGGUCUCUUCCUGUGCAGUUUUGGAUUCAAUCAACAUAUUCUGGAUGUAUAGAAUUUAUAGAGGAUUGAAGAAAGUUAUAAAAGCGAAAAGAGAGGCCAAGAGUAAUUAA